CUUCGAGUUUCCACCGGCCGUGAAAAGUGUUAAAACGUGAAAAGUGAUGAAAAAAAGUACGUAAAACCCAUCCAUAUUCGCGGUUAAAAUUGUACUGAACUAGUUCAACGAAGAACUUUACUUUCCCUUUUUUUGCUCGCUUUCGCAAUGUCAGGCAAGAAAAUACUAUGUUUGUUUGACGUGGACGGAACUCUUACUAAGCCACGUCAAGUAAUCGAUUCAACCAUCGAAGAUUUUUUAUUAAAAAAUGUGAAAACGAAAUGUCCUUUAGGGAUCGUUGGAGGAUCGGAUUUUAAAAAGAUCGCUGAACAAAUGAACGGAGAUGACGUAGUAAAAAAGUUUCAAUAUGUUUUCCCCGAAAAUGGGCUCGUUCAGUUUAAAAACGGAGAAGAAAUUGGCCGAAAAAGCAUUCAGGACCACAUCGGUGAAGAGAAAUUGCAAGAAUUUAUUAAUUUUUGUUUGAAUUAUUUAUCAAAGAUUAAUUUGCCUGUUAAAAGAGGAACGUUUAUUGAAUUCCGAGCGGGAAUGUUAAACAUUUCACCAAUCGGAAGGUCGUGCUCGCAAAAAGAGAGGGACGAAUUCGAAAAAUAUGAUAAAAUUCAUAAUAUAAGGAAAACAAUGAUUGAUGCGUUAAAAAAUAAAUUCACAAACAUCGAUUUAACAUAUAGUAUAGGUGGCCAAAUCAGUUUUGAUGUAUUUCCACACGGUUGGGACAAAACUUAUUGUUUGCGGCAUUUAGAGAAUGAAGGUUUUGAUGAGAUUCACUUCUUCGGAGAUAAAACUGAUAAAGGGGGGAACGAUCAUGAGAUUUAUAAUGAUAGUAGGGUUGUGGGGCAUCGCGUUUGUGGCCCAGAUGAUACCAAAAAGCAACUAGAGGACUUAUUAAAGGAUAAAUUUUAAUUUUUUAAUUUAUUUCGAGUUUAUUGAUUCGCUAAGAGAUGGCGCUAGUUUCGCGAAAUAUUUUU